AUGGGCUGGAUCGCCGUUGGCGCCGGCACUGUCGUUGCGGCCUACGCCUUCUACGUUCUCGUCACGCGCUGUACCAACGAUAAUGAUUCACGAGCUACGAUCAAGACUGUACAAAUAGACCAGAGGCACAAUACUAGAGACAGAAAUGAGGACAAACCGACGUCAAUCAACGGCGCCGUUCCAGCACAGCCGACGAUCACGGCACCCAACCAACCCACUGGUCCAUCAAUAUCAAUAGCAGAGCCCGCAGUCGAAGAUCAGAUGCCACCACCACGUACUACACCGCAGCCACCCAGUGGCCCACGUCUUAAUUCGCCGACGAUGGGCAGCAUGCCCCCUCCUCCUCCUCCUCCUCGUCGAGUUCAGCCGCCUCUUCGCUCUGCUAGUCCGCCUCGCCUCAAGCCACCAAGCAUGGCGCCCCCACCACGCCCCGCUGGGCCUUCCCUACGUCCACCACCUUCGGCCGCUUCGUCCCUUCGUGUCCCGCAAACGAAAGUCCUCUCCAAUACUCAUAUGCAGCCAGCGUCCUCGACGCUUCCUCUGCCUCCAGGAUCCUCAAAGAAGAAGUCUCGUGCCAUUGCCCUCGAGCCAGGUUACUCUCCCCUCGACUGGGCGGCACUAACCUCCUCUCCGAACUCCAAUCUGCGCGGAAAAGAUGCACCGCCUAACGGACGUCUAAUACGCGUUACGCCAUCACAAUUAAAGAAGCAGAACGGGCGGAAAGGAAAGGAUGCGUGGACGAUCUAUCAGGGCAAGGUGUACAACGUGACGCCGUACCUCCCUUUCCAUCCCGGCGGAAAGGCAGAAUUGAUGCGAGGCGCAGGGAGAGAUGCGGGCCAGCUGUUUAUGGAAGUGCACCCGUGGGUGAAUUGGGACGGAAUGCUGGGGGAGUGUCUGGUGGGCAUCCUUGUUGCUGAAGGCGAGGGUGACAACGACCAGGCCGAAGCAGCGAACGAACUUGACGAGAUGGAUUGA